AAAACAAAACGUCAUAAGCACGUUUCGCCGCAGGCUGAUAAAAGAAAAAAUCCUCGAAAAGUAUCGUCUGUUUCCAGAGUGCGUGCGAUUGUGGAAAUGGUUUUCUGUGAAGCGGCGAACCAAAUUAUAUAAUCAUCACUGAAAGGCGGCCGGAACUGAGCGCUUGUGUGAAGUGAAAUAAGCACGAAACACUUUGUCCGGCAGGUGAUAUUCGCUACGCAUUGCCGAACCUGUCUUUCGUUCAUGUUGAGUUAAAAAUCGAAAGCACAAGCAGCGCACAAGGCGAUGACGACGGGUAGCACGGGAUCAACAUUCCCCAGAUGGCAGUUGGCGCUACUGAUCGGUGCGCCAGUGGCCAUCGGCCUCGGUUACCUGUACUGGCGCAAAUCGAGUGACCAAGGCGAAGGAAGCGAUAAGCUGACGAAGAAAAAGUUAGCCGAUAUCAAGGACAAAACCAUCUCGCUCGAUGGCGAUUCGUCGGAGGCGGGGAAACAGCAGCCGGAUGCUAAACCGUUGAGCGGUCGUGAACUUGCCCUGAAACACAAAAACAAUGGCAAUGCACACUUCCGUGCGGGAAAGUAUGAUCUGGCGAUCAGCGAAUACGAUGCCGCCAUCGAGCACUGUCCCACGUUUGAGGCCAACGAUCGUUCGACGUACUACCAGAACCGGGCAGCAGCAUACGAGCAGCUGCAAAAUUGGGCCGCCGUCAUAAAGGACUGCACGAACGCGAUUGAGUGCAAUCCGUCGUAUACCAAAGCGCUGGUACGGCGGGCCAAAGCUUACGAGCAGCAGAAAGAUCUUACGAAAGCCCUGGAAGACAUAACGGCCGCCUGUAUAGUGGACCAAUUUCAGAGCAAAACGACGUUGGUGAUGGCGGACCGUAUGCUGCGUGAGCUGGGCCAACAGCACGGGAAGGAAGCGAUGAAGAACAAGAAAGAAAUCUAUCCAUCGAAGCAGUUCAUCGAUAGUUACUUCAGCUCAUUUACCAAUGAUCCGGUGCGGAAGCUGGUCGUGGCAAGCUCGGAACCGAAGGGCUUCAUCAAGGCAAAGAUGCUGUUCGAUAAGGGUGAUUACGAAGCGAUAGUGGCGGCCUGUACGGAAGAGAUCGAAUCGAGCGAAUCGGAAUCGGAGUACAAGCUGGAGGCGCUAGUGCUUCGGGGAACCAUGUACAAUCUGAUCGCCUGCUACGAUGAAGCGAAACAGGAUCUGGAUGCGGUUAUUGAGCUGGAAACGGCCGACAAGCGGUUGCGCACGAACGCGCUCAUCAAGCGUGCAUCGUUGGCGAUGCAAACGCAACCGGAAACGCCUGGUGCGUGUUUCGAAUAUUUUGCCAGGGCGGAAGCAAUCGACAGCACGAACGGGGACAUCUUUCACCAUCGCGGCCAGGUGUACAUUCUGUCGGAUCGGAUGAACGAUGCGAUUGCCGAUUUCGAACGAGCGUACGGGCUGUGUCCGACGUCCGGCAUCAUAGCGACGCAUCUGUGCUACGCCAAGUACUGCCAGGCGGUCCAGAACAAAGACGAGAGUGGGGUGGAACGAAUGAAGAAGCGAUUCAACGAGUUGCUGGAAGAGUACGCGAACUGUGUGGAGUGUUACAGUAUCCUGGCACAAGUGCUUACCGAGCAGCAAAAUUUCGCCGAAGCGGACAGCUGCUUCGCCAGAGCGUUGAAGGUUGACCCGAACCAGGCGCAGAUCUAUGUGCACCGCGGUGUGCUGCAGCUGCAGUGGAAGGGUGACUUUGACGAGGGAGUCAAGUUGAUCAAGAAAGCAAUAGAGAUGGACAGCAAGUGUGAGUUGGCGUACGAAACGCUCGGCACGAUCGAGGUACAGCGGGGAAAUCUCGCCGAAGCGGUGAAACUGUUCGAGCGUGCGAUCGAGCUGGCCCGAACGGAAAUGACACUGGUUCAUUUGUACUCGCUGAAGGAUGCAGCCGUUGCGCAGCUGAGCGUGGCCAAGAAUAUGGGAUUGAGUAUUAGCAACAUUCAGCCGAACUUCUAAUUUUUUUUUUUUUGUACACGCGUGUCCCGCACGUGUGUGUUCUGAACAACGCGGAAAACACGCGGUUGGGAAGAUUUGUUUUUCCGGCUUAGAAGCACCAAAUCGAUCGUUCGUUUCUUUGUGAUUCAAUUCUUUAUAUUUUAUAUCGCAUUUCUGAGCAUGGUACGGUUCUCGUACGUCGCUCCGUUCCUUUUGUGCAUCGGAAACUGUUGUAAAAUCCCGCUCUUAUGCUUACGCCGUUGUAUAACAAUCGAAUAAACAGCCCGGGAGGAAAUAAUUUAGGUCAUAGUUAAAACUAUUCCCAAAUGCUA